AUGACGACACCUAGAAUACUAAGCUUUGUUUUCCUUCUCUUGCUGUUCAGCUGUUUUGCGAACUGCCUGCGUCGGUAUAACUUCACUGUAACUAGCCAAUGGAGUGCUGCUGAUGGUCAUGGCCGACCUGUCUUUGCCAUCAAUGGGCAGACUCCUGGCCCGCUAGUUACAGCUGAAGAGGGCGAAGAGAUUGAAGUCUUCGUGGACAAUCAGCUGGCUACAGAGACUACCAUGCACUGGCACGGUGUGUAUCAAGUCGAUAGACCAUGGAAUGACGGCGUACCCGGAGUCACACAGUACUCGAUCCAACCCCGCGAUAAUUACACAUAUAGAUUCACUGUUCAGCAGCAGUACGGAAGUUAUUUCUACCACGGCCAUUUUGGUCCCGCUUUUGCGGAUGGACAAAGAGGGCCUAUUUGGAUAUCACCAGCAUCAUGGCGUCCACGGCCUUACAAAUCCAUCUCAUCAUCCUCGAGCGACAUCAAGGGCAUGCAGCGUGCGGAAGCAAACCCGAGACAUAUUGUCAUCAGCGACUGGAAUGCUGAACCGAUGGACAUACUACUUAUCAUGUACAGGGACACGAAUAUAGUUCCCUGGUGCAGCAACUCCAUCGUCUUGAAUGGAAAAGGCAGAACAUACUGCCAUUCGAAACAAGACAUUGAAGACUCUGGAGGACCUGGGAGAAAUGAUCUAGGCUGUUUGCUCCAGGAUAGGCAGGACAUAUACGCCAAUCCACAGAGUUGCAAAGCUACUAACGGGGAGCUUGAGGUCAUUAUGGCUGAGGAGGGCGAAGAAUGGGUUUGGAUCAACUUCAUCCAUUCUGGGGCACAUCAUGAACUACAGAUCAGUAUCGACGAGCAUGAGUUCUAUGUAGUUGCUGCAGAUGGAGAGUUUGUUCAUCCUCAAAAGGUCCAUGCUGCCAACUGUAAUCUUGGAGAGCGCAUCAGUAUACUGGUGCAUUUGAACCAGAAGCCAGGCGAUUACGCCAUAAGGCUGACGUCUCUUCGCGUCGAGCAGGUCAUUCAAGGCCUGGGUAUCCUCCGCUAUGCCUCUAAAGCGAAGGACCAGUCUGGUUUUGUUGUGCCCAACACCGAACCUUGGGUCCACCUCAACGGCACUCUAGUGUCAUCAUCAUUGACAGCUAUGGAUGAGACAAAGCUGGCCCCUUUUCCUGAGAGACCACCCCCUCGCACUGCGGAUAGCACUUUAAAGCUCUUUGUGAACAUGACUGGACCGGCUGCAUGGUCGCUGGGACUGGGGUCUCACCAGGCGUUUCGCCAGCAACUGCCCCCAUUGCUCUGGGAGGAUGAGUCUCGAGGUGAUACCACAUUUGGAAGUCAUGGGUCUCUCCUGAACGGAUCUGUUGUAGAUAUUAUCUUUGAGAAUGGAGCCAACGUCACGACUCAACACCCAUUCCACAAACAUAACCAUAAGGCUUGGAUCAUUGGUUAUGGGCAUGGUGGCUUCCCCUGGGCAACCAUCGAAGAAGCUAUCGAUGAGGGCGCCGGGAAGUUCUUUAACUUUGAAGAUCCUCCGAUUCGAGACGGAUGUAGGCUUGGGAAUGCUACAGGCGACUGGACUGUUAUACGGUAUCAGAUUACUUUCCCUGCAGCCAGCAUGCUGCACUGUCAUAUGAUUCACCAUUUUGGGGCUGGGCAGCAAUUGGUUCUUCUUGAAGGCGUUGAGUCAAUGGCCAAGAUUCCUCAGGAGGUCAAGAACAAAGUUCAUGCGGAUUUCGUACCAGAUCUUCGAUAUGGUCCAUUAGAUUAG